AUGGUAUCUGAUCUAUUCACUGAGUGGGUUCGCCGUCUAGACAAGAAGUACACCAGGCAGAAACGGAAAGUUCUUCUUUUCGUAGACAGCUGCGCAGCCCAUCCGAAAGUCCCCCACCUAAACUCCAUCACCCUUCAGUUCCUGCCACCGAACACGACAUCACAGCUUCAGCCUAUGGACCAAGGUGUGAUAAUGAACAUGAAGGUUCAUUACCGUCGCAAGCUGCUACAGAGUCUUCUCAAUGCCUACGACGCCGGGGAAACACCUCAGCCCAUCAACGUCUUGCUGGCCAUCAAUAUGGUUCACACAGAUUGUAUCGCCAACUGCUUCCGUAAAGCAGGCUUCGAGCCAGUACGAGCACCACAACCACGAUUCCUAGAUAAUAUCUGGGAACGUCUGGCUCUCUACAUGAACCUACCCAACACUUUCCAAGAGUAUGCAACUGUGGAUACAGAUCUUCAGGUGACAGACGAGCCAAGUGAUGAGGAGAUUGCAGCGGAGAUAACAGCGGAGAGAGCAGGCGAUGGUCCAGAUGACGACGAGGAGGAGGAGACGGCGGAAGCAGAGGAGGCCCAGAAAGAACAACUAACUGUCCGGCAGUGCAUCAACAUGAUGACUCAAGUGCAACACUUCCUUUGCACUCGGGCCAACAUGACAGAUGAGGUCUACCACAACGCAGCUGGCAUCAUGGACUACCUGUCAGAGGAGCAGCUUGGGACGAGCAUCCAGGGGAGAAUCACCGACUUUUUCCAGAAGUAA